AGUGGAUCCUAAUACUGAAACUAACUACAAAAUCAGAAUUUGGAAAUCAUUAUUUGUGUUUCAGGGUACUGUAGCCAGGUUAGCACAGGGACACAUUGGCCUUCACUUUCUGGGCAGGAAAAGAUGCUUCAGGGGGCUGAGAGGGUCUGGCAGAUGCUGCUAGAAAUAGGGUUUGCAGCACUGAGUAUUGAAAAGAGCCACUGCAUGUCAGUUCACCAGCACAGUGUGAAUGAAGUAAUGACCUCUAUGGACACAUACAGCAGGUGCCCUGCUCCACUCCCUGGGCUGGGUGCAUGCCACAUCCUCACUGCUAACUGUGGGAGAAUAAGAACCAUUUCGGGGGAAAUACAAAAGAAAAUUUCCUCUCCUGAAGCAUUUUUGUGCCCCAGGGUGCAGUGUCAUGGCACACCCAAUGCGGCAUCUCCAGCAGAAAGCACCACUCUGAACAGAACGCUCCCACACCACCGCCUCCCUUUGUGUCUUGCAGUUGCAGCCAUGCCGACAACCAACCAAGGCUGGCCAGAGGCGUUUGGCUUCUCUUUGGGUGGCAGCGGGCCCUGCUACGUGCUAUGGGUGCAGGAGGGCAGCAGUGCAGCAGCGGCAGGGCUGCGCCCGGGUGACGAGGUGCUGGAGCUGGAGGGGCAGCCCGUCGCCUCACUGGGCUGCCCGGCGUUGCUGGCAUUAGCCCGGCGCUGCAGCUCCGUGCCCCCCAGCAUCGGCGUGCUGUCCAGGCUGCAGCGUGCCGACCUGCCCCCGACCCCACACCUGGGCUUGCAGCUGGUGGGCGGCAGCCCCCCUCGCGUGGCCAGUGUGGCCCCUGGCUCUCCUGCUGCCACCUGCGGCAUCGCUCCUGGGGACCUGCUGCUGGAGGUGGACGGCGUGGCUGUGCGCAGUGCCGAGGCGGCGGCCGAGCUGCUGGCAUCCUGCAGUAGGCGAGCGCUGCGACUGGGGCUGCUGCGGCCGCAGAGGGACCUCGGCCCCAGCGCUGCUGCUGUGCGCAUGGAGAGGAAGCAGAAAGCGCAGGAGUUCAGCAAAAAGGUGGAUGCCAUCCUGGGGGACCAUCCCGAGCUCAAGGAGCAGGUGUUCGCCGCGCUGAAGCAGUACGCAGCUGAGCGGAGGGUGGAGUGCUUGGCCUGUGCCCUGUGCAUGCUGCUCACCCAGGAGUCCCACCAGCACCUCAUCGACAGCAUCAGGAUUUUCAUCCCCAAAAAACACCGGCAGCGCUUCGAUGAGGUGGUGUCACAAAGCCUGAUCAGCAAGCUGUGCCGCUCCAAGAGUGAACAGCACAGCAACCGCCUGCGGCGCAGCCGGAGCGAGGACCACCAGGAGAGGCUGCUCGUGUCCACCCGUGCCAGCUCUGUGCCCCGCAGCCACGAGGAGCUCAGCAAGAGCCUGCGGAAAACCACCUCGCUCAUCACCAGCAAUGUGGCCUCAGGGGCUGCGCGCAGGACGGUGCGAGUUUAUAAAGGCAACAAAAGCUUUGGCUUCACGCUGCGUGGACAUGCACCAGUGUGGAUCGAGUCCGUUCUGCCAGGGAGUCCGGCUGAGAAGGCUGCACUCAAACCUGGAGACCGAAUCCUAUUUCUUAACGGCCUGGACAUGAGGAACUGCUCUCAUGACAAGGUGGUGUCGAUGCUGCAGGGCAGCGGGGCGAUGCCUACCUUGGUGGUUGAAGAGGGCAUCGUCAAUUUCUCCAGCGACUCUGACUCUGCCGACUCCCCGACCAGCUCCUCUGCGCUCACCUCCCUGCAGUGGGUGGCAGAGAUCCUCCCCUCUAGCAUCAAGAUUCAAGGGAGGACCUUCAACCAGCAGCUGGAGCACCUGCUCACCCCACCUGAGCGCUGUACCAUCUGCAAAGCACUGGAGAGCUUCUUCCAACAUCGGAACAUUGACACUCUUAUUGUGGAUGUGUACCCGGUGCUGGACACACCAGCCAAGCAAGUCAUUUGGCAGUUUAUCUACCAGCUGCUGACGUACGAAGAGCAGGAGCACUGCCAGCAAAAGAUUGCCAGGUUUCUUGGUUACAAGUCCUUGGCAGCUGAGCCCGAGGCAGAGGAACGCUACCGCAGCUCAGUGCGAGGGGCAUCGUUGUGCCGGAGCAGCCUCCGGACCAACCGCCCCGAGGAAGGAGGGGCUGCAGGGCAGAGUGACACCGUGGAGGUCCCGGUUCGCUUGAUCCCCGGAGAGAGGCAGGCUGGCGAUGGCACGUCUCUGCCAGAGACACCCAACCCCAAAAUGAUGUCAGCUGUCUAUGCAGAACUGGAGAACCGCCUGCUGGGCAGCUUCUCCAGCAAGGUGGGCAAUGCUGCCCUGCACCACGCAUCGUCCCCAGCCCCCGACCCGGCGCAUGCUGCAGGUGCCCGCAGAUCGGGGGUGCCCGUCUCAUGGCCAAGCGACCCACUGGCCGCCCAGCAGUGCUACUACCGCCUGCACAGCAGCCUGCGGUCCCCGAGCAGCACCGAGUCCAAUCCCUACGUCAGCCUGGACAGCAGCCCGGCCCCGUCCCCCCAGCACCGGCCCUACCCGCUCAGCCCGCUGUCGCGGCGCAAGAAGCUCUUCACCUUCUCCAGGCCGCCACGCAGCCGCGACACCGACCGCUUCCUGGACGCUCUCAGCGAGCAGCUGGGACACCGUGUCACCAUCGUGGAUGAUUUCCUCACCCCCGAGAAUGACUACGAGGAGAUGAGCUUCCACGAUGACCAGGGCAGCUAUGUCACCAACGACGUCAGCAGCAGCGAGUACAUCAGCAGCAGUGACGAGGGCAGCUCCCUCACCUACUCCACGCUGUCGGACCACAUCCCCCCACCUCCGCUCAGCCCCCCGCCCCCGCCGCCCCCCCUGCAGUUCCAUGACCCCCAACCUGUCCCUGCCAAGGCCGAGCCCCCCAAGGCCAGCACCUCUUCUGCUCCCAAGCCCCUGGUGGGCCACCUGCACCCUGUUCCGCCUCCGCCUCCCCCCCCGCCUCCCCCACCUGUGCCCUGCGCUCCCCCCCUGCACCGGGGGCUGCUGCACCGCCGGAGCGAGACCAACCACAUGAGUGUCAAGAGGCUGCGGUGGGAGCAGGUGGAGAACUCGGAGGGGACCAUCUGGGGACAGCUUGGGGAGGACUCGGACUAUGACAAGCUGAGCGACAUGGUCAAAUACCUCGACCUGGAGCUUCAUUUCGGGACGCAGAAGCCAACCAAGCCAACUUUCAUGCCUGAAACAUUUAAAAAGAAAGACGUGGUUGAAAUUUUGUCCCACAAAAAGGCCUACAACACAUCCAUCCUGAUCGCUCACCUGAAGCUCUCACACAUGGAACUGCGUCAGAUCCUCAUGACGAUGGAGACGGACCGCCUGGAGCCUUCCCACAUCAAGCAGCUCCUGCUGUACGCCCCGGAUGGGGAGGAGGUGCAGCGCUUCCAGAGCUACAAGGAGAACCCUGGCAAGCUGAGCGAGCCUGACCAGUUCGUGCUGCAGAUGCUGUCAGUACCUGAGUACAAGAUCCGACUGCGCAGCCUUCACUUUAAGACCACUCUGCAGGAGAAGACGGAGGAGAUCAAAGCGAGCUAUGAAUGUAUUUGCAAGGCCUCUCUGGAGCUGAAAAGCAGCAAGAAGCUGGCAAAGAUCCUGGAGUUUGUGCUGGCCAUGGGAAACUACUUGAACAACGGGCAGCCCAAGACCAGCAAAACGACAGGCUUCAAAAUCAACUUCCUCACAGAGCUGAACACAACCAAGACCGUUGAUGGGAAAUCCACCUUCCUGCACAUCCUUGCCAAAUCUCUCAGCCAACACUUCCCAGAGCUUCUGGGCUUUGCCAAGGAUCUUCCCACAGUGCCGCUCGCUGCCAAAGUGAACCAGAGAACACUGACAGCCGACCUGAAGGACCUUCACUCCACUGUCACUGACAUCCAGAUGGCCUGCCACAGCAUGCCAGCCACCGCCGAGGACCGGUUUGCCAUCGUGAUGACCUCCUUCCUGGAGAGCGCGCAGCCUGCCAUGCGCUCACUGGACGACCUGCAGCACAGGGCCAUGGAGGAGUUCAGCAAGGUGCUGUCUUUCUUUGGGGAAGACUCCAAAAUGACAACUUCAGAAGCUUUCUUUGGCAUUUUUGCAGAAUUCAUGAGCAAGUUUGAGCGGGCGCUCACGGAUGUGCAGGUUGGAGACAGCCAGCGCAGCCCCAGGAUGACAUCCCCCCUUGCCUGGUGACAACAUGAGGCGCAAGGAUUCGUUGCCAAUGAAGUGCAAUUUGCUCCCAUUGAGUUUGGUUGUAAAUAGGCUGCUGCCACCUGCCACCAUCGAGCAGAACCGCAGGGGCCGGGGCAGCGUGGAUGCUGAGCACACGUGUGGAUGGCUGCAGAUGGAGACGAGGCUGAGACACUGGUGCACAAAGGGAAACCCUGUGCUGGUUUGAUGGCAUCCUUCCUAGCGUCCUUCAUUUCUAGUGUAUCACAGAAUCAAGGAUUGCAGACACAUCUGGGUGAAACCCCGCUGCCCUGUGCUCCCAUGGCACACACUCCUGGCACCAGGGCUCACUGGAGCCCUGUCACUCAUCCCCACAACCACGUUCUGUGUGGUUGUGCAAUGUCCCAGCCUCUCAUGCAGGAUGUGUACGUAGUGUUCCCCUUGCAGGUGCAGAGCCCUGAUGCCAGGAGCCCGAGCUGGAAGCACCAGGGAUGGGGUACACUGUGCAGCAAUGCUGAGGCGAUGGGAAGAAAUGAGACCUUGCAGAACCCCAGUGACACAAUAUGUAGUCCUAAAUGAAGAUCCAGGCUGGUUUUGCCCAGCUGCUCAGGGGAGCAAGAAAAGCCCCACAGCCCUUCCUGGCCAUCAGCUUUGCAUAAGAGUUUGUCAGUGACUGACAGAAAUUUUCCCAGUAAUCUGAUGUCAUCAGCACUAGACUUAU